CUUAUUUUUAAAAGCUUACAUGAGCGUACCCUUUUGCCUGUGCUCAUGGACUGGCCUCGCUUUAAAAAAGCACUUGCCAGCCCUCACGCUAAUAAUAACCGCGAAAGAUUACGAUUGUUAACUCAGGAAUCGUCCUUCAUACUUGAUUUCCUGUCUCUUUUCUACAAUGCUCUUUGCCGAUGUCAAACAGCAGAUCAAUGUUCAGCCCUCUAUCCAGACGCAGAAUCAACACUUACUACUGCUUCACUACACCCCCUCAUAGCCGCACAUCCCGCAAUCGCAAGACAACUUGUGGCAUGUUUACUUGAGUACACCAAAUUUGAGCAAUCGAGUCGAGACCAGCCACUUCAUGCACAACCGACCUCUAUCCAGUGGUGCAUAACGCGUUUACGGCGACUCACUCACGCGUCAACACUUGACUCACUUCAACCAAACCGUAAUCACAAAAGAAAUAACGAUCAGCAUAUACAACAGCAACUGGACCGUUUGCUAUAUGAGCUUGAUGAUCGCAUUAUAGCCGGUACUUUGCACAGCGAAAAACUGGGCCAAUUGUUGGAUAUGAGUCUUGUGCUUAUCCAUCAAGACAAAGCAAGAUUGAUCAUUGAAAAAUUGGUAUCGAGUGCUGUCGACCUGUUGGAGAAGGAACUAAUUUAUAUUUAUUGGGGCACGCGAUCCCCGCCUACACUGGAGAUCGAUUAUAACGACGACGACGAGGAAGAUAUUAUCCAACAAAUCCGCACUGUUAAGCGGCCAAUAUCACGGUCAUUUCUGGAUACAUUGUUGCAACAUCAUCAGCUGCAACGCAAGGAAAAAAGUCAGUUGUGGUAUUUGUAUCAGCAGUGGCCCUGGCAUCUUAAAACGAGCUUGUGGCGUUUCUAUGACGAAAUUCUGGAGGCUGAAAUCGUUGAUAUAAUCGACACUGUCGCCCUUCAAUCCAAAUACAUCCCUUCUGACGAUAUCCAAUUACUGCUCAACGACUCUUCGCUUUUUCAGGCGGUGCUGAUGAAUGCUCGACAUUUUCGCAAGGUGUACACUGUUAUCUCAGACCACCUUCUUUCGACAGGUGAUUGGAGGAUAUUUCGUCUCUUAUGGCAUAUAUUUGACUCGGUUCUGCAUACAACGAGUGAACCAGUGGAAGAUAAUCAUUUCAAGAGUGGGAACUCUUCACAGUGUCUACCGUCUCAACUAGCAUUAGCAGCGACAGUUCUGGGAUUUCAUUCCCAGAAUGAUAAUUGUUAUGACCGUCUACAACUAGCCCUUAGUACGUACAUCUAUGGUGGAACAGUUGAAGGCCUGAAGAAUCGUCGGUGUCAUGCUUGGCUCCUUCCGCUCAUGUACCCGAGAUUCAUAUACAAUUGCUCAUUGACUGUCCUUGAAUGGUGUUCCAACGAAUCAGAGCCAUGGAAUAGCUAUGUUGACUCUUCGUGGCGCACUUUGGGCUGGAUGGUUUGUCCAUCCGAUGACGACCGCCUAGAAUCCUGUCUGGAUCGAAUGCGCGAAUGGAUCCUCAUACUAAACGGCUUUUGUGACAACGACGUUCAAUCAGUUAUCCGGCUAUUCUCCUCGGAAUGGCACGAUGUUUUCAACGGAAACACUGUUGUCGCACUUAUCAUGACGUUAUCUGCUCUAUCACUCCUCCCACAUUGGCGUAACGAUGAUUACCUGUCAAUACUCGAUGCGACAUUACGCUACGACAUAUCACCGUCGCCUUCACAACAACCUACAGUCAACGGCAACGCAACUUCUUCAAAUUCCUCACCUCCACCGCCUUACAACGCAUCCAUUAUAUACCUAUUUAACGAUUAUCUGCCGAUCUGGGAAUCGUUAUUGAACCCUACAAUGACUUUUGACGAUGAAUACUCUCUUUUCAGCGAUUACAGUCUAUCAAACAAGCUUCGCCACAUCACCACUCAUGUAAAUAGCAUCAUAGCAUCCCUGUAAUGUAAAAAAAUAAUAACAGACAUAUACUUCCCUGCACUACCACCAACCUAUGUAAAAAAAAAGGCUCUUUGUGUAUUUCCUUUACCUUUUACCACCAUAAAAAACAUGUGAUGGAUGGUCGUUGCACUUGAUAUUUUGUUGCUGGUAAAAGGGAUAACACAAAUAAGAUUCUUGAUUUCUUUUAACUACGAUCCAAACAUGCGGGAACAGGAGAGUAGAUUAUGCGGUCAACUUAACCUUCUAAUCCACAAACUUAUAAACUAUAGACGCAAUACCUCCCUUCUUUG